AACCAGAUAAUAUAGGGACGAGUGCAGAGACCCAAAAAGGAGAGCUCCGCGUGUUCUGUAAUGUGACAAAGAGCUGUCAAGAAGGGGGAGGGGUCUCGUUUACGCGUAGGUAAUACAGCUCUCCAAUGGUCUCCAAUGACAGCGCGCAUAACUGCAGGGUCUGGCGUUACAUUUGCCUUUUUACCAAAGUUGUGAACUCGGAUCCCUCCAACGUGGCGAUCUCCUAACCACCAGAAGAGUGGGAUAAAUAUUGCAGUGGGUCUGAAUGACUGUAUUACUAUCAGAACCGAUAACUCAGAGCCUGUCAGUUUAAGAUAAGCGGUUUAAACAAAAAACUACAACUGGGCAACUCCCCCUGAAACGGGCUGCCAAGAUGGAGAAGCCACCGUUGACCAAUGAGAAUGGGAGCGUAUUGGUCGAGAGCCUAUCAGACAUGGCUUUGGUGUCGACAGAGGAUGAAGUCGGGUCUGCAGGUGCUGCUGGGCAGGAGGACGACAGGCCAGCGUGGGACAGUAAACUACAGUAUGUGCUCGCCCAGGUGGGCUUUAGCGUUGGCCUGGGAAAUGUCUGGAGGUUUCCCUACCUCUGCCACCAAAAUGGAGGAGGUGCCUUUAUGUUAUUGUACGUGAUGCUGUUGCUCAUUAUCGGGGUUCCUCUGUUCUUUAUGGAGCUGGCCGCUGGCCAGAGCAUCCGUCAGGGCAGCAUCGGGGUCUGGAAACACAUCUCACCUCGCCUCGCAGGCAUCGGCUACUCCAGCUGCAUGGUGUGUUUCUUUGUGGCUCUGUACUAUAAUGUGAUCAUUGCCUGGUCUCUGUUCUAUAUGGGGAAUUCAUUCCAGUAUCCAUUGCCAUGGGAACAGUGUCCUGUAGAUAUGAUCUCAAACCAGACAGUGAAGGAAUGUGCCGCAAGCUCUCCUACCUCCUAUUUCUGGUUCAGAAAGGCUCUGGAUAUCUCAGACUCUAUAGAUGAGUCAGGAGAGUUUAACCCUAUCAUGACCGGGUGCCUCCUUGCCGCCUGGACUAUAGUGUGUCUCGCAAUGAUCAAGGGCAUCAAGUCUUCUGCCAAGGUGAUGUAUUUCUCGUCCGUGUUCCCUUACGUUGUGCUGAUCUGUUUUCUCAUCAGAGGGCUCAUGUUGGACGGGGCUUUAGAGGGCAUCAGAUAUAUGUUUUAUCCUAAGCUGGAGAUUUUGGGGGAAGUGCAGGUGUGGCGUCAGGCUGCCACACAGGUGUUUUUUGCACUGGGUCUAGGUUACGGCUCGGUGAUCGCUUAUUCAUCCUACAACCCUGUGCAUAACAACUGCCACCGGGACGCCAUCAUGGUCUCUGGCAUCAACUUCAUGACCUCAGUUUUGGCCUCUCUGGUUGUUUUUGUGGUCCUUGGUUUCAGAGCCAAGAACAUUUCUCUGAAAUGUGUUGCAUCUAAUGUGGCCAGGAUGGCAGAAAUGGCAGCAACAGGUUCAUCGCAGCAUUGGUGGCCAUGGUUCAACAUUUCUGACCCCAAAUCAGUGUCUAUUCAUGACUACAGAGAAUGGUACAGCCACUAUGGAAGCCUGCUAGGGUCAAAUAUCACUGACUGUGACCUGGAAAGAGAAAUGAGCAAGGGCGUGGAGGGCACAGGUUUGGCAUUUAUAGCAUUUACAGAAGCGAUGUCGUUGUUUCCUGCAAGUCCAUUUUGGUCAACUUUAUUCUUUCUCAUGCUGCUGAAUUUGGGCCUCUCCACCAUGUUUGGCACAAUGCAGGGGAUUCUUACCCCACUCAUAGACAACUUCAGAGUGCUUGGGCGCCACAAGACCAUGUUGACGGUGUGUUGCUGUAUCCUGGGCUUCCUCUUUGGCCUGCUCUUCACUCAAAGAAGUGGCAACUAUUUUGUGACCAUGUUUGACGAUUAUUCUGCAACAUUGCCAUUGAUUGUCGUCGUCGUCUUUGAAACUUUCAGCGUGGCCUGGGUUUACGGUGCUGAUCGUUUCUUGGAUGAUGUGGAGGUGAUGCUACACUGGCGCCCUCCAGUGGUUUAUCGAUAUUUGUGGAAGUACGUGUGCCUGCUUGCCAUGGUGGGACUGCUGGCUGCUAGUCUUCUCCGCAUGGUCUUCAAACGGCCCACUUACACAGCCUGGAACCACACCACGGGUUCUGAAGCUAGCCUCGAGUAUCCUGGAUGGGCUCUGAUUUUGCUGUCCAUGCUGAUCAUUAUAGCAUCUCUCCCGGUGCCCAUUGGCUACCUGCUCUCCUUCCUUAGAGGGGGGCGGAGCCUACCAGUGGAGGAGGGUGAAGUUGAGCCUCCAAGAGAGCGAUACUCCAAAUGCAAUUCUGAUGAGCCAGAGCCAAAUAACCAUCACUCCCGAGUGGACGAAGACAGGAAUCGGCCCCGGUCCACCUUACUUCCACUGGGUGCUGAACACUACAGGCUACUCUCGCAACAUGAAGAUAGAGAGGAAGAAGAAGACACUGAGGUGUAAGGGAAAAACUGGUGAUAAAUUGGUGUUUGAAUAGAAAGCGGCAAGACUAUUUAUUUAUCAGUGUUGGAGUUCUUUAAUGGAGUGGAGGGAGACCGACUCCAUUUAUUCUCAUUAUGCUAAUGAACAUUCAAUGAAAAAUAUUUGUCAACUGCAGCACUAUUUUGAGAGGGAUACUUUUUGCGAGUGCACCAAUCAUUAAAUUGCUUUGUUCUUGAAUCCCUUCAUGUACUUCGCCUAAGUGAAGUGGCCUGUACCAAAAGUGCCUGAAAAUAAGGAAUAUCCACACUUAAUUAUAUUAAUUAAUUAUACUUAAUUAUAUGAAUACAGCUUCUCCAAAGCACAGCAAUUAUACUUAUCAUCUAGAAUAAAACAUUUGUUUUCACUAGUUUCUUUAGUAAAAUUGGGUAGCACUUUACAAUGAGGUCCAAUUUGUUAACAUUAGUUAAUGCCUCGGGUAACAUUUACAAUGAGGAAUAUAUAUUUUACAGCAUUUAUUAUCCUUUGUUGCUGUUAGUUAAUAAAAUGUUUUAGCUUACGACUGUAACCAUGGUUCUCUGAGAAGGGGAACGAGGCACUGCUUCUUGGAUUGACGCUAUGGGGACACUGUCAGCAUAGCUGGUGAACACACACCAAAUUUCAUCUUUAGUGGAGAGCCACUGAACAUCAGAGGGUGUCGUAAUACAAGUCAUACAUAGGUUAUGCUGAUGCCAUCCCCAUAGCGUCAAUCCAAGAUGCAGUCUUGAAGUUCCACUUCAAAAGUGAAAUCUUUAUAUUUAUGCUAUCUCACAGUGCAUUAACUAAUGUUAACAGAUAAAAUAUUUGAUCUUAAGAAUGUAUUAGUAAAUGUUGAGAUUAAAGUUAACUAAGAUUAGUAAAUGCUGUAGAUGUAUUGUUCAUUGUUAACUAAUGUAGUUACAUAAUGUUAACAAAUGAAUCCGCAUUGUAAAACUGAACUGUUUGACAUUUUAAAAAUAUCAGUAUUAUCCCUAUUACUAGAAUACUAAUAUUUUUUAAACAUUUUUUUUUCCCAAAAGAAAUGGUACAUAGAGGUUAAAAAUGUUUCUUUGAGUAUGAAACUGAUAGCCAUUAACCUUAUUAAUAAGUUAGUUUUAGCCGAAAAGUGUUUUAAUGUCAAAAUAAAAAUUGUAUUGUAUAUUGUUAAUAGAGUUGAGUUGACAUGGAUUGGUGACAAUAAUAUAUAUAUAUAUAUAUAUAUAUAUAUAUAUAUAUAAUUAGUAUAGCCACGUCAUAGCAUAAACUCCAAAUAUCUACAUAUAUGUUUUCAUUUUUUAAGCUUUUACCCAGCUGGUAAACUGACUGAAACACUAAAGUGCCACACAUGCUGCAAUUAAAACAUAACACUCAAUACAUGCAAUUUUAGCCAUGACUCCACAAUACCAAACUAUGACUGCACGGUUUGCAUUCAUAUGCAAUAACAUUGAAUUGUAUUGUGAUAUUAGAAGAUGUAGAUGUAGAACAGAUAAAAAUAAAUGACUGUUACAUGUAGGCUCAGGUUAAAUCAUAGUGUGAACAUAAAUAUAGAAGGCAGCUUCAUUUCAUGUUCCUUGGAAUUGUUUUUUGUUUCUUUGUUUUGUGUGUGUGUGUGUGUGUUUGGUGGGGAAAGCUCAGAAUACAUUUGGUCUGUUUCAGGCUGACCAGAAAGAUUUUAGUCUAUAUUUUAGACUGAUCCACAAGAGAAGGUUUAGUCAUUAGACUAAAGCUUUUUUUUUAACUGUUGCUGUUGAUACUUUGAUUUGUAUACUGUAUAUAUACAGCAGGGGAUGUGUUUGCAUGUUCACUUCCUUUGUGAGUAUUCUCUUUGUUUGAUCACUUUUGUUGUGAUAUGACAGUAUAUACAGUACAGUUUGGAUACGUGUGUGUGUGUGUGUGUGUGUGUGUGUGAGAGAGAGACAGAGAGAGAGAGAGAGACCAUUGCAAUUUUGUGCCAUGCUGAAGAAUCACUGUAUAUCUAUAUCCCAAAUAAAAAGUUUUUUGGUCAUAGA